UAAUAUCACUUAUCAAACCCUCACUAGUACCAUAAUAUUCACAAACACACACACCUCAGAAACGAAGCUUGCACAUAAUGUCUCUUCAACAAGUACCCACAACAGAAACAACCACCAGGAAGAACCGAAACGAGGGGCGGAAACGAUUUACCGACAAACAAAUAAGUUUCCUAGAGUACAUGUUUGAGACACAGUCGAGACCCGAGUUAAGGAUGAAACACCAGUUGGCACAUAAACUCGGGCUUCAUCCUCGUCAAGUGGCGAUAUGGUUCCAGAACAAACGCGCGCGAUCAAAGUCGAGGCAGAUUGAGCAAGAGUAUAACGCGCUAAAGCAUAACUACGAGACGCUUGCGUCUAAAUCCGAGUCUCUAAAGAAAGAGAAUCAGGCCCUACUCAAUCAGUUGGAGGUGCUGAGAAAUGUAGCAGAAAAGCAUCAAGAGAAAACUAGUAGUAGUGGCAGCGGUGAAGAAUCGGAUGAUCGGUUUACGAACUCUCCGGACGUUAUGUUUGGUCAAGAAAUGAAUGUUCCGUUUUGCGACGGUUUUGCGUACUUUGAAGAAGGAAACAGUUUGUUGGAGAUUGAAGAACAACUGCCAGACCUUCAAAAGUGGUGGGAGUUCUAAAGAGUAAAGAAGGAUGUAGAAGUAGUAGAGUAAAAACUAAAACAUACCAGAUAGUUGGUUUACACUUGUAUAUAUCACCACCACAUAAAUGAAUGCAUCUUUGAUGUUACAUAUAUGUAACGACGGAUAAGCGUAGUUGGCUACCUCUA